AUGAUUUUUCAUGUGAGAAAUCAUAGGAAUCCCUCAAAUAAUGAAAAAAAACAAAAAGUAAAUAUAAAAAAUUAUAAGCAUGUGCAUUAUGAUUAUAACGAAAAGGAUGAAAUUAAUUAUAAUAUGUUCAAUAAUAUAACAAAAUAUUGCUGUAAUAGAAAUAUAUGUGAUUCAUUUUUCAUCAAUGAUGAAUUAAUAAAUUGGGAAAAAGAAGACAAAAGCACUAUCAAAAAAAAAAUAAAUUAUGAUAAUACAUUCAAGAUAAAAUUUCAAGAUAAUCAUAAAUCCGAUAUAUUCACAAAUAAUUUAAUCCAAAAAAACAAUGUUGAUUAUAAUUAUAGUAAAGAACCUCUAAAUUUAACAAGUCCACUUCGAGGGAAGGAUCAUGAUAUUUUUAUUUCAUCAAAUGAUAUCGAUAAUUCAAAAAAUCCGAUUUUCACGGGCGAAAGUAAAAUUAAAAAUAAGAAAAAAUUAUUAACAUUUUAUAAUGAAUGUCCAAUAAUUAAUAAUACCUUUAUUUCUUUUGAUGAAGAUACGUUAAUGAAAAAGGACAUACAUAUAAAUAAUAAGAGACAUAACGAAUCUAAUGCUUUUCCUGUGUCAAAACCAAUAUAUUAUGAUGAGAGUAAUAAUUUUAAUAUGUACCAUAGUAAUAACAAAGGAAAUCAUCCCAAGGAAGAUGUAAAUAAGGAACAUAUUGUAUUAAAAAAUGAAGAAAAAUAUAUGUUUAAUAAUGACAAGAGAAAUAAAUACAUUCAAACACAAGAUAGAUCCAUUUUUUUAUAUAAUACACCCCAAAAUUAUAUACCAAUGGAAUCAAAACAAGACAUAGAAAGUAAUUUAAUUUUAUAUAAACAUGAUACAUGUGUAUCUUCUCUUGAGAAGGAUAAAGAUGAAUAUAUUUCAAGAUAUUCAUCAAAUAACUUAUGUAGGAAUAAUGAAAAUAUAUUGUCUAUCACUUCCAAAAAAAAUAGUAUUCAUUAUAUAAAUGAUAUAUCUAUAUAUGAUCAAUUAAUUACACAUAAUAAUCAAUCUAAUGUCUUAUAUUCAAAAAGCCCAAUUGUUGUUAGUAAAGAAGAUAUUGACAAAAUUAAUUGUUCAUAUAUUUCAAUAAUGGAUAUAAAAUCAAAUGAAAAAUCAACCCAAAUAAAUAUUUCCAGUAAAAAAAAAAAAAAGUUAAAAAAAAAUAAUAAAAUGCAUAAAAAAAAUAAAAAAAAAUUAAAGAAUUUAUAUAAAAAAGUUAAAAUAAAAACCCCAGUGAAUAUGUUUUAUAAAAGAAAAAAGAAAUUGAAAAUUGUAAAGAAAAAGAUAAAAACAGAUAAAAGGCAAAUUCAUGAAGGAAACAAAAAAAUAUAUUACGUUACAAAGGGUUGUUUAAAAGAAAAAAGAAAAAAAAGGAAAAAAUUAAAUGAAAAGGUCAAAAGUGAGGUAAAAACAAAUAAUAUUAAAAAUGGUAUUAAAAGUUUGUUUUACAAAGCGUGUAAUAAAAAGAAUUAUAGAGAAAAAAUAUACUUUUAUAAAAAUAAUACAAAGAAUGAAAAUAAGAUAAGAAAAUGUAAUAAAAGUAGAAAAAAGAAAACAUUAAAUAAAAGAAAAGCUGUUAUGAUUCGUUUAAAAGUAAAAAAGGAUGAUGAAAAAUGUAUAGGAAACAUUUUAUCAUUUAAUGCAUUAAAUCAUAAAAAAAAUUAUAUACCAUCAAAGGAAGGGUCUAAUAAGUAUAAGAAUUUUAUAAAACGUAAUAAUAAUAUAAAAAAAAUAAAAAUAAAUAAUAAUAAUAAUAAUAAUAAUACUAUGCGUUUAGAUAAAGCAAUAUCAAAUAUAAUCCAUUUCACUAAUAAGGGUAAAAUAAUAAAAUAUAGAGGUCAAUCCUACUCUGAUAUAACAAAUAAUCAUAAUAUUGAAAGUAAAGAUGAUUAUAUGACUUGUGACAAAAAUAACAUUAAAUAUGAGAGAAAAGAGAUAUUAAAUAAAGAAAACGAAAAAGUUCCUUUGCAGAGUACCAAAUAUAAAGAUGUUUAUAUGGUCAAGAAUAAAAUAAAUGUUGCACGCACAGGAAAGACAGAUAAAUAUAAGAUUAAAGGUUAUUACUUUUAUGAUAAUGAAGAUUUAGAUAACACUAAACAAGAAUUAAGUGAAAAGGAAAAAACCUCUUUGGAAAACAGAAUAUUACAUGAUUAUAUUGUACAAAACGAUUCUGUAUAUGUAGAUUCAGAAUGUAAAAAAAUAAAUAUAAAUAGUGUGACAAGCGUAUUUAAAAACAAAGCAUAUAAAAGCAAAAGUGAUAACGAAAAGGUAUAUGAAUAUAUAAGAGAUAAUAAUAGUACAAAAUAUCACAUUUUACAAAGUGUAGCAUAUAUAUUGAAUCAAGGAAAGGAAAAACAAAGGAAAAAAAAUUGUACAAUAAAAAUGAAGGAUAAUAAUUUUAUUAAUAAUAAUAAAUAUAAUAAUCAUAAUAAUAUCAAUAAUAUUAAUAAUAUUAAUAAUAUUAAUAAUUGUAACAAUUGUAAUAUUAACUUAAACGGUUACCUUAUGAAGGAAAAUAAUUCUUUUAGUACAAAAAUGUUUAAACGUGUAUCAUCAUGUAAUGUACACAAGUACGAUAAGAUAAAGGAACAGAAUGAUAGACGUAAAAGAAGUUUUAGCUAUAAUUCAUAUUUUGAAAAAAAAAAAUUUUGUGUAAAUCAAAAUAGAAACAAGGGGACGCAGAAAUACAUUAUGAAGGUUAAAAAUAUGAUAUUAUUUAAAAACAAUAUAUUAACUAAAGAUUUUCUUUUUGAUUCUUCUUUUUCUAGUGAUAUGAAUAUAGAAAGAGAAACAUUAUAUAUAUUAAAUAGUAUUUUAUUUUAUUCCUAUAAACUAAAAAAUAGGUUAAAUAUAUUGAUAAAUAAACAAUGUAAUAAUACAUAUUUCUUGAAAAUUAAAUUGUACAUACUUUGUUUAAUUAAGCUGAUUGAAAAAUAUAAGUUGGAUCCUCAUUCAUUAUGUAUAAAAAAAAGUAAGAAUAUCAUAAGAAAAAUAAUUGAGAAAAUCAAAUAUGAUAUUAUGAAUUUACCAAAAGUGACCAUACAAAUUACCACAUUUGAAACAUGCUUAAUAAAAAUAUAUACAAUCGAAUUAAUGAUGAGAUCUCUAUUGUUUUCCUCAUCAUUAGUUUUAUAUGAUGAACAUUUAUUAAAACUUUCAUAUAAUAAGAAUGGUAUAUUGUUAAGUUGUUGUAGCGAAAUAUUACAUAGGUCUUUACCAAAUGAGGAUAAUAAUAAGUUGGAUGACAAAAAAAUAUAUAUCGAAAGAACAUGCAGAUUAAAAAAAGAAAAAAAAGGAAAAGCAGAAAAAACAGAAAAAGCAUAUCUUUUGAAAUGUACUGGUUUGAAAAAGGGGUAUGUAAAAAAAAUGAUUUUCAACGGAAUGUCCUUAAAAGAUAUACACACUAUUAUGUAUAAAUUUGAUGGUACGUCUCAUGUUCUUGGAAAAAAAAAAAAAAAAAAUUAUAAUAUAGAUGAAUGUAAGACAUUACAACAAUUAAAUGAAUGUUUAAAUCUAAUACUAUCAAAUAAAAAAUCUGAUAUGUUUAAAGGAGUAAAUAAUUAUUAUAACAAAUUAAAAGAAUAUAAUGAAGAAUUAUCUUUAAUAAAUGAUCUUAAAAAUGAAGACAAUCAUUUAGUAAAAGAUUUCUUGGAUGAUAUGAAUAUGUAUGAAUUUUCAAAUCUUUUAAAUUAUUAUAUUAAGAGAAAAUAUGUUCAUAAGACAUGUGGAAAUAAUAAAAUAAGAAAAAAAAAAAAAACAAACCAUAAUGACAGUGACAAAUCAUAUAAAAACAAAUCAGAAAAAUCAGAGGGAAUUAUACAAAUUUUACAUGAUUUUUACUUAAAAGAAUAA